UUCUUGAUUGCUAGUCACAAGGGUAUCACUUAGCAGAGCCAUUUAUUGGCUUAUUCUGGUUAGAGCGCAUGCAGCUCAUAGCAGAAAUUGUCCUUUGGCGUAAAGUGGUCGGCGAAACAGACACGUUGCUUCACGUUGUUUUAAAAAUCACUUGCACAAGCACAAAAGAGAAAAUAAAUCAAUGAACAAUGACGAUUAUGUGAAAGGACUUUUGCACUUUUGCACAAAUACAACGCCAUUAAAUGUUCUGCCGUAACAGAUGUGGUUCUCAGACUAACAUGACUUGAGUAAGUAGGUGAAAGGGUAGUCUUCGGUAAACUACAACUCGUCACUGCAAAGUCAUAGUCCACGGCUGCCAUGAUGAACUAUCUAGGUUAAAGCAGUGGUCCAAAGUCUGGUCCACACAAUAACAAGAGAUAUGUGUAGUCCAUCCAUGUGCAUUAAAGCAUCACUACUAUCACCUUUCUGGAUGCCAAUUGUACACAACACACAUGCUACUGAUAUGUCUGGGGGGGGAAAAAAAAACAAAUCUUGAUCUUUUUUUUAAGUUUCUGCAAUGAACACAAAAAGUCAUUGGAAUAUGGAGCAAAGGGUAUUAACCUGAUCCUUGUUAUUUUAUGCACACAGUCACUGUGUAAUACAGUCACUCCCAGCUGUUUGCAGGUCAAAUCAUUCUGUGAAAAACAUUUCAGUGGAAAAAAAAUAAAGGUUUUUCUUUUUUUUAACUGAAAGCAGAGAAGAUUUCUCAGCAUUUACAGCUUUACACUAUGUGUACAGAUAAAGAAAACCUCAUGACGCAAAUACACACUAAUGUGUACAGCACAAAACUUGACUGCGGUGUCACCAUUAGUGAGUAAACAUGGUGGAAGAAUGAAAAUGAUAUUCAUUUAAUGGCAAGUCCUAAUAUAUAAACAAGCAAGAUUGCAGGUUAGAGUGUAGCAAGGAAAGAACACAUCACAGUAUAAUCCUAGAUUAGGUGGAAAUAGUUGAUUUACACAAUGCAUUUAAACCCACAGACCACAUCCAUUCAACCAAGUUUGAUGGUACUGUAUCAUUGGAGUAAUAUUGGCCUUAAAUUAUGCUCAAAAUAAAUAAUAUAAAUAAUACUUAGUUUCGGCCAUCACAGUGAACUUGUGGUUAGCAUGUCUGCCUUUGAGGUUCAGUGUUGAAAUCUCAGCUUUCUGUGCGGAGUUUGCAGUUUCUCCCCGAGCUUCCGUGGGUUUUCUCAGGUCCUCUGGCUUCCUCCCACAUUCCAAGAUUAAAUGAAGAAAAAAUGGUCCGAAAGUGUCACGAAAGGCGACCAGUCGGACCAUAAAGCAAACACAGUGUUGAAAGAGUAAAUCAAAGGCUUGAACUAGUAGAGUUUUAAAAAAAAGAAGAAAAGUGCGACUGAUGAGUUCACACAAAAACUGCUACCAAGGAAUAAGUAAAACAAAGUACAAAACAAAAGAAGAACAAACAUUUAAGGAGAUGAGCAAUCAAAUUUUAGACAAACAGCGAGUAGAGCAAGGAAAAUGCCAGAAUUUAAGGGGAAAAACAUCCAUCCAUCCAUCCAUCCAUCCAUCCAUCCAUUCUCCGUACCACUUAUCCUCACUAAGGUCACGGCCAUGCUGGAGCCUAUCCCAGCUAACUCUGGGCGAGAGGCGGCGUGAUUAAUGCAAAGGGCUACCACUUUGAUACAACUUCUGAAAUCACACAUUUGCUCAAAUUACCUAUACUAAUAUGCUAUUGUUAUUAUCCAUCCAUCCAUUUUCUGAGCCGCUUCUCCUCACUAGGGUCGCGGGCGUGCUGGAGCCUAUCCCAGCUAUCAUCAGGCAGGAGGCGGUGUACACCCUGAACUGGUUGCCAGCCAAUCGCAGGGCACAUACAAGCAACCAUUCGCACUCACAUUCACACCUACGGGCAAUUUAGAGUCCUCAAUCAACCUACCAUACAGGUUUUUGGGAGGUGGGAGGAAACCGGAGGGGAAAAACAGGAGUAGAAAAAACAUCCAACUAGAAACAGUAUUCAACUUAAUGCAGCCUAGCAAACAGCGAAGACAAAGGAACAAUCUGGCGUCUUUCUGGUGGGCAGAGCUUAAAGUAAUAAUAAUAAUUCAAAAAAUAUACUUGUCAGACAAUUUUGUCAUAUUUGCUAAAACUGCCAGUAUGACCUUACAAAAGUACACGAGAAAUGAUCUGUGAAAAAGAAUCAUCCCUCUCUGGCCUCAUAUAGUACUUAUAAUGAUUUUUAAGAAACUACCACGCCCAAGAAAAAACAACCACUCAGAGACAAAAGAUGUGACUAAUGAGGUGUCACUUAUUUGCUGUGGACUCACGGGCACACCCCUGCAGCCUUGCGCUGACCUGUCACGUUGGGCUUUCGGUGCUUUGCUGAAAUCAUGGCGGGAUAUCCACCUCCAGAAAACAAACAAACAAACAAAAAAUGCCCAUCCCUCAUUUGCCAACAAAUGGAAAUAGAACUAACAAACAGAAGCAAAUUGAAGGGAUCUCAGAUGAAGAUUCAGAAGCAUUGAGCAUUCCUGCUCAAGUGGUGAGUUGAUUAUCUGGAUUUGAUUUUUGAUUGAUUGUAUUUCCAAAAAAUACAACUUCAAAGGACUCUGUUUUGAUGACUGGCGUAAAUCCAGCAUGGCUUGUGGCACAAUUCUGUGAGGAGGCUGGUUAGACCCGGUGUGGGUAUUUUCGUGGACCAGCGCACCCCAGUACAUCUAAAAGAGGUUACGUCUGAAGGGGGCACUUUGGUUAGAGAUUCGAGAGUGGGGGGAAUUAGUGAAGUGAGGCUAAAAAUUGCAAACCUUCCCUUUAAAGACCCCCAAAAUAGAACAAAGAAAAAUGCCUGGUAAAUUUGACACAUCACAGAAAAGACUUGCUAACAAGCUGGAAUGGGUUAAAAAAAAAAAGAAAAAUCACAAAGAAUGUGAAAUCAGGCUUCAAAAUGGUCAAAAACUGAGUCAUUCUUUCAGCUUCCAGACGCUGUGGGCGUGUCACUGAGAGCUCUGAUAAUCCUGCCUCCCCGGACCUUUCAGCUGUCAAUCAAAUACACAGAUGAUACUUCCUUGUCUCAUGGCUCAUAAGGGGAAUUUAAUAUAUUAUUAUUAUUGUUAUUAUGUAUACAUAUUUAAUGUAUUUAGAAACAAAACAGAUUUUCGUUUUGUGGUCUUUAAAUGAAGACUGACUCUGAUGAGGAUUGGCGGUAUAGAAAAUGGAUGGAUGAAUGCUUUGUUUUUUGGGGGGGAGGGAAUGCACCAUUACAGAAAAAGUACAGAAAGACUACUUUCAAGCAAAUCCACACGCCAAAUCAUUAAUCAGUUUUGGUCGCACAGAGUAGAACAAAUAGAGCAAUGUGAUACAUUCUAUUCUCCGAAUGCACUGUCACUGUCACAUUACCUCUGAGGCCCUAUAAAUCAUUCAGCAUGCUAAUGAAAGUCAUGCAGACGAAACACUAGCUCACUUGUUCCGUCUGCUUCCUAUUAACGGAGCCUUGUGGCCCAAUGUGCCGAGCUACAACUAACAGGGUGUAGCUUUAAAUUUAGGAUAUACAGUAGUCGCCAUGCUUGGAGGAUGCCUUGACAAUCUCAUGAGGUGUCUUUGGCGGCUGUUUGUUUCCUUUGCUCUGCAUCGUGUUUAUGGGGGUAACAUCAGCCAAUAUGUCCAAGAGAGGCAAUCCUGUCAACCAGCAGGUUUUUACUGCCUACAGGGUAGUGGCACUCCAAUCCCUUGUCCAAGGGGAACUUAUGGGCCUGCUGCAGACAGUGUAUCCCUGGACAGCUGUAUAAAGUGCCCUCCUCACCAUUACUGUCCCAGACCAGGUCUAUCUGCAUCACUCCCGUGUGGACCUCUGGCUCAGCAGCCUCUGUCUGGCCAGGACACCUGUGUCUGCCCGGGACAGGGACAGAACUUCCAGAGGAGCGACGGGCAGUGCCAAUGUACACUUGACUAUCAACCGACCAACAGUGAAGAUGUGUGUGUACACAAAGUUUACAGCAUCUGCAGGGAUGGGAAAACACGCACUCAAAAUGGAGACUGUCUGGACCGACAUGAGUGGUCACUUCACUGCAGGACACAGGUGUGUCCAUCUGCAGAAGACUAUGAGGGAUACGAAGGAGAGCUGGGUCUGUGUGUGUGCACAGAGCCUCCUGGGAGAGCUGCGUGUGGGGGCCUAUGCGGGAAAAGGCCUGCAACUGAAUUGAAGCUCCGGUGCAGGUCCAGAGGAGAACUGGAACUGGUAUUGCGUUAUGACAGUCAGGUGUCGGGGGUCUCUGGCAUGGUGCUGGAGACGCUCUUUAAACUGUGGGACUCCCACGGGAACCUGCAUUGCGGCAGCCAUCUUAUCCCCUCACGCCCUGUCUACAUUGUUCAGACAAGCGAAGCGGGCUUUCUCGGCCUCCUCGAUGGCGGCAUACCGGACGAACUUCAGCAACUGAUUUCGUCACUCACCGAGCUGCGGGAUGCUCCGAGCUCACAGGGUUUAACAUAACAAAACACUUUGCAAUUGAUAUUAUCAUGAAAACAGUAGAGCUCACUCUGGCCAGUUCCCAGCACUAGUCAAGUAUUCAGCUUUUUAUUUUUUUUUUACACUUCAGGGCUACCGUACUUCGUGCUUGUGUGGCUUUAAGUUAGUCAGUGGGUGCGUGUAAUUUUAUUUAUAUAGCAUUUUAAAAACAACCACAGAUGAAACAUAGCACUGUACAUACAUGAAACUAGAC